UAAUUAAGACAAGGAAUCUAUAACUAAACUCAUAUCUGCAGCAGGUGGUAUAUAUAUAUAAGUACUGGCCAGCCCUAACCGCAUAAGAAGCAAAGUCAUAAGUGGUAUCUAUAUAUUCAAGUUUAUUAAUUCUUAGAAGAAGUACAGUCACAAUUAAGACAAUGUUCUGGACAUUUGAACUCCACUCCCAAUUCAUGGAUGCCGUCAUUGAACUAGGUGGCAUUAAGGAUGCUGUGUCAAGUCAAAUUUUAGAGCUCAUGGAUGUGCCGGGAUUAACAUGGAAAAACGUUAAUAGCCAUUUGCAGAAAAUUCGAAUCCUCCAAGUUCGAGGACCAGAAAGGAUGAACAAAAAUGCCAUAUUUCAUCAACAGUACCUGCUAACCACCACAGGAGGGGCCAGGAUAUUCCAGGAUUGGAGCCGGUUCUUGAGUGCGUGUAGUAGUUUUAGGAAUGAUGAUGAUAUUAUGAAUGAUAUUUAUGGCAGUCUUAGUCCACUCUGGGACUUACCGAUGCUUGAGGAUGAUUAAUACUUUUUCUAAUCUUUGUUGUAAU